AUGCACCGCUUUCUCCCACAAACGUUAUACUCAAUACCCAAUACCCUAUACUCAAUACCUACUGACACUCUCAAUCUCUCGUUUACGCACAUCUCAACAACCCCUGGCAGAACUGGUGCCCAAUACUUACACUCCACCAUAUCACCUGCGACAGUCCCUCUUGUUCUUUCGUUUAACAUUUACCCACCUCAAUUGACAAGAGUACUGUUGGAAGCACGGCUAGAGCAGGCCAGCUUGUUGAAGAAGGUCGUCGAUGCCAUCAAAGAUCUAGUCCAAGACUGCAACUUCGACUGCAAUGACUCCGGCAUCGCCUUGCAAGCUAUGGACAAUUCGCACGUUGCUCUCGUCUCCAUGAUGCUGAAAGCAGAAGGGUUCUCCCCUUACCGCUGUGACCGCAACGUUGCGCUAGGCAUCAACCUGGUCUCGCUCACAAAAGUGCUACGUGCGGCACAGAAUGAGGAUAUCCUGACGCUAAAAGCUGAGGACUCACCUGACGUCAUUAACCUGGUCUUCGAGAGCGCGGAGACGGACCGGCUUAGCGAGUAUGAUAUCAAACUUAUGGAUAUUGACCAGGAGCACCUGGCGAUCCCAGACACGGAGUAUGCGGCUACGGUGGAUAUGCCGUCAGCGGAAUUCAGGAGGAUUUGUACUGAUUUGGGGAAUUUGUCGGAGUCUGUAAUGAUCGAAGCCAACAAGGACGGCGUCAAAUUUUCCUGCCAGGGCGAAAUCGGUAACGGUGCCAUCACCCUCCGCCAACACACCAACGUCGACAAGCCAGACCAGAAUGUCUCCAUCGCCCUCUCUGAACCCGUCUCACUCACCUUCUCUCUCAAAUACCUUAACAAUUUCUGCAAGGCCACGGGUUUAUCGGCAACUGUUCGUCUCUGUCUCUCCCAGGAGGUGCCAUUGCUCGUCGAGUAUGGGUUGGGUAGCGGCCAUUUGAGAUUCUUCCUUGCGCCAAAAAUUGGAGAUGAGGAAUAA